AUGACUAUCCAACUUUACGGAUUCUCUACAUAUGCUCAAAGUCUUGUAAUAAUUCAUGUCCUUAAGGAAUUAGGAUUAUCUUAUGAAGUCAUUCAACCAGCUAGUCUUGAAGAAAUGAAAUCUCCAGAAUAUUUAGCUACUAAGCAUCCUUUCGGGAAAAUGCCUAUUCUCAACGAUGACGGAUUCCAAAUUUACGAAACUCGUGCAAUAGUUCGUUAUUUGGUACAUAAAUAUCAAGGAACCAAAACUUCUAACGUUCUUAUUCCUUCUGAUGUACAAAAAGCCGCUUUGGUAGAACAAUUCAUUUCUGUAGAGGCCAAUUAUUAUAAUCAACCUCUAGCUAAAAUGCUUACGCAAUUAAUAUUAGCGAAAAAACUAGGCAAUGAACCUGAUCUUAAAAUUGUCAACGAAGCUCGCGAAGAACUUGAUAAAAAUUUAGAUGUUUAUGAAAAAUUAUUGGAGGGUAAAGAUUAUUUAACUGGGGAAUUUUCUUUAGUCGAUUUUCUUCAUAUUCCUUCCACUUAUUAUGCUUUUAAAGCCGGUGAAGGUGAAUUAUGGAAUAAACGUCCUAAUGUUUCUAGAUGGUGGAAGAACAUUAGUGAACGUGAAAGUUGGAAAAGUAUUGUCACUGAAUAUAAACUAGAUGAAGUUGUUUAA